AUGCAAUAUUUUCCUAUAACUCCUCGUUUGCAACGACUUUUUAUGUCUCGCCAUACAUCAUCUGAUAUGAGGUGGCAUAUGGAAGAACGUAUUGAUACCGAAGGUGUACUUAGACACCCAGCAGAUGCAGAGGUUUGGAAGAAUUUUGAUAGACAAUAUCCUGAUUUUGCAAAAGAAUCUAGAAAUGUUAGGUUAGGAUUUACAACAGAUGGGUUCAAUCCAUUUGGUGAUUUAUCAAACUCGUAUAGCAUGUGGCCAAUGUUGCUAAUUCCAUAUAACAUGCCACCAUGGAGAUGUAUGAAACGAGAAUUCUUAAUGAUGGCAUUACUAAUUCCAGGACGUCGUGCUCCAGGUAAAGACAUAGAUGUCUAUUUAGAACCUUUGAUCGAUGAGCUUAAGGAACUAUGGGAAAAUGGUGUACGUACUUUUGAUAUUAUCAAUAAAGAAUAUUUUACCAUGCGUGCUGUAGUAUUGGGGAUGAUAAAUGUUUUUCCAGCAUAUAGUACUGUAUCUGGGUAUAGCACUCAAGGGUAUAAGGCUUGUCCUGUUUGUCAGGAUGACACAUCUUCAUUUCGAAUAAGAAGAAAAAUAUGUUUUAUGGGUCAUCGUCGAUAUUUGUGUCUGAAUCACGAAUGGCGCAAUGAUAGAGAGUAUGAUGGUACAACUGAAAGACGUCUGCCCCCAAUAAUUUUAACAGGAGAUGAAAUCUUAGAUAAAUUAAAAGGUUUGUGGAAAUGUAGGCCAUGUAAAAAUGAUAAGAUCAUUAAGGACGAUAAGAAACAAAUGAAUGAUGCAUGUUAUGAAAACAAAACCAACUGGAAGCGAAAAAAUAUAUUUUGGGAGUUAGAAUAUUGGUCUAAAUUAAAACUAAGACAUAACUUGGAUGUGAUGCAUAUUGAGAAAAAUAUAUGUGAUAGUGUGGUUGGUACAAUAUUUAGUAUCGAUGGGAAGUCUAAAGAUAUUGAAAAUGCAAGACUUGAUUUACAAGACUUAAAUAUUCGUAAGCAGCUACACAUGAAAAAGAAGGGGAAUAACUGGUUGAAACCAGUAGCUUGUUAUACGUUAUCAGCGAAGGAACAACAAGAAUUUUGUACGUUUAUAAAGUUUUUAAAAUUUCGUGAUGGAUAUGCAGGAAAUAUUUCUCGAAAUGUUAACAUGAAGGAUGGGAAAUUAAUUGGGUUGAAAAGUCAUGAUUGCCAUAUCUUGUUACAGAGGUUGUUACCUAUUGGACUAAGGCCAUAUUUGAAAAAGAAAGUGAUGGAUGUAAUUGUUGAGUUGUCGUUAUUCUUCAAAAAGCUAUGUGCCAGGACAUUAUAUUUGAAAGACUUAGAUGAAUUGGAAGAGGGCAUUGUGUUCACGCUAUGUAAAUUAGAAAGUAUUUUUCCUCCUGCUUUCUUCGAUGUGAUGAUACAUCUUGCGGUGCACCUGCCAUUAGAAGCUAAGUUAGGCGGUCCAUUGCAAAUGAGAUGGAUGUAUUCGAUCGAAACGUAA